GGCCACAGUCACACCCCUCCCCAUGAAUGCACAGCUCUACCUGGAGGGAGUGUGGAGGAUCUCCUGCUGCAGAUCUGAACACACUACGGCUGUGACGGCAGCUGGAGAUUACGUGAACAUGAAGAGGUCGCCUCAGGACAUCAGACCAGCAGCUCACAGCGCCGCCACCCGAACCAGCCAGCCGCCGUCUGGUGCAGCUGCCUUCUUCAUCAGGGCGGCUCAGAAACUCAGUCUGUCCCGCAGGAAGAAGCCCCAGCCCGAGCCCCCCUCCUCGCCCGGUGAGGCCCCAGAGCCCCUGCUAUACAGCAGGGGCUUCAGCGGGGCCCUGCAACUCUGCCCGCCAGCCGUCCCACCAUGCCUCCUCCGGGCCAGGUCAAAGGUCAAGGACACACCGGUGAUGGGGAAGGUCAGAGUGAUGGUCCGGAUCUGUUCGGUCCACAACAGCGAGUCCUCUGAGUCCAUGUCCUUCCUGAAGGUUGACGGCAGAAAGAAUCAGCUCACUGUGUGUGAGACGUCGGCCGGUGGACACUGCGGCGCUGCCCAGAGAAGGUCCCCGGCCUCCCCACCGAAGACCUUUACCUUCGACACUAUCUUCUCCCAGGAUGCCUCACAGGCCGAGGUGUGUUCGGGGACGGUGGCUGAGGUCAUCCAGUCAGUGGUGAAUGGAGCGGACGGCUGCAUCUUCUGCUUCGGGCAUGCUAACCUGGGUAAGACCUACACCAUGAUUGGCCGGGACAGCUCCACCCAGAGUUUGGGUGUGGCGCCGACCGCCAUCUCCUGGCUCUUCAAAGUGAUCGAGGAGCGUAAACAAAAGGCUGGAGCCCGUUCCUCUGUUAGGGUGUCGGCCGUGGAGAUCUCCGGCCAGGAGGAGACGCUCACCGACCUCCUGGCUGAGCUCGCCACCUCCUCUGGGGGCCAGCAGGAGAUCUCGGGCCCUGCCGUGUCUCUGAGAGAAGACCCCGUCUGUGGAUCCCAGCUGCAGAACCAGACGGAGCUUCGGGUGAGCAGUGCAGAGCAAGCAGCGUUCUUCCUGGACGCCGCGCUGUUAGCGAGGAGUAAGAGCCAGAUGCCAAGUGGCCAGGAGGCCCAGAAGAAUUCGCACUUCCUGUUUACUCUGCACCUGUAUCAGGAGAGACUGGACAAGAGCAACAAGGCUAAAAUGUCUGGUCGGAGUCGCCUCCACCUGUUGGAUUUGGGGAGCUGUGAGACAGACAUCAGCAGGACCAGAGAGGGGGGUGGAGGUCAAUGUCUGUCUCUGUCUGCGCUGGGAAACGUCAUCCUCGCCCUCACCAACGGGGCCGAGCACGUUCCCUUCAGGGACAGCAAGCUCACCAUGCUGCUCAGUGAAUCCCUGGGCAACAUCAACUGUCAAACCACCAUGAUCGCCCACAUCUCCGACUCCCCGGCGAACUACAUGGAGACGCUGACCACAGUGCAGCUGGCCUCCCGCAUCCACCACGUGAGGAAGAAGUCCAAGCAUGCCUCCAGCUCAUCAGGGGGGGAGAGUUCCUGUGAGGAAGGCCCAUCCUGUCAUCCUCCUCACCUUCGACCCUUCCACCCUCACAUCGUGGCCCUGGACCCAGACAUGCCCCUCAUGCUCUCCAGUGAUCCGGAUUAUUCAUCCAGCAGUGAACACUCCUGCGACACCGUUAUCUAUGUUAGGCCUGGAGGGAUGGCCGUCUCAGACCGCGAACUGAGUGACAAUGAGGGACCGCCCUCCUUUGUUCCCAUCAUCCCCUCCCUAAACAAAAAGCUAGUCAAAGAUGCACCCAGGUCUGACGGCGAUCACCUCAAGUGUAACACGUUUGCAGAGCUGCAGGAGAGACUUGACUGCAUUGAUGGCAGCGAGGGCCCAGCCUCGUUCAGCACAGAGGGCAAAGCAGCACAAGCAGCAGCAGCAGCCCCACCCAAACCUGAUAAGGACUCCUGCCAAAGGUUCUUAGAAAGUGCACCAACCACAUGCACAGAUAAACCAGAUAAGAUACAGUCCAGAUUCCCGGCAGCUGGCUGCCCCAUCGACGCUCCCAAAUGUACAAGUGCAGAUGGGAAGAAACUGUCAGCCCCCCCCUCUCAGCCAUGUGUGGUAAAACCCAGUGGGACAUUUUCCCAAGGCUCAGAGCCUGUAGCACAUGGGAAGGUUUACCUCAAAGGAGGUGCACUCAAGUCAGCCCCUCCAUCCUUGCCCAGAACAUCAGUACCUCAGCCUGGGGAGGUUGUUGCUAGGACUCCCCCAGUGGGCAUGAGUCAACAAGCAGUGAAGCAGUCGCUGGGGUCACUGAGUGUGGAAAGGGCCCCUCUUACAAGCAGGUGCCCCAUGGAGCUCAGCAACCUCCAGGGAGCUCUGUUAGGCAGAUGCCUGGACAGGGAUUUUCUGACUACAGUUACACUGCAGCAGCCUGUAGAACUGAAUGGGGAGGAUGAGCUUGUCUUCACGGUCAUAGAGGAACUUCCACGCAGCCUCAUCCCAAACAAUGGCUGCCCUUCCAACCUCCUCGGCUUAAGCAGUGACUGCUCUCUGCAGGCCUUCGCCUCUCGCCCUGUCAGCAUCAUCAGCAGCAUUAAUGAUGACUAUGAUGCCUACACAUCUCAGCAGAGAACUGGGGGACCUGGAGCUGAUGCUGGCUCCAACAGUCAGGAAGGGUGUUCCCAAUGUAGCAACGAUCGGUCAUCUCCUGUCUUGUGGUCAGGUGAAGUAGGUGCUGAGUCAGCUGAAAGUGAAGGCACUUCAACAAGCAGGCUUUACCUGAGGGACCAAAUCAUGGCAACAGACAAUGCAUCAGCUCUGACCUCACCAAGUAUGUUUCAUAAACUGACAUUUUUGCAGCAUGGCAUCAAGAGCUCCCUGAAUGACAGUGGCAUCUGCUUCUCAGAGCUGGACAGCGACCCUGCUGCAUCAAGCAAACUAUCUCUUACCAAGCACCCUCCCUCCCCCGACUCGACCAAAGCUUCUCUCAAAGGUUCUGCCAAAGUGAGAGCCAGUACUCUGAACGCUUCAGCAUCAGCCCAGAUCUCCAGUCAUGCAACUCAUUCCAGUCUUCCCAGGAAAACGAAGCCUACUUCAUCUGCAGCUAUGGGCUGCAGCAGACAGGAGGGCAGACAUGAUGACUUUGUGCUUCAGGGAACCAGUCACUUUGAUCCCAGACAGGAUGAGUUUCCCUCUGCAGGUAAACCAUCAAGAAGUUGCACAAGUAGUGUUUCCUCUAAGAGGCCACGAGGGAACAGUAACAGCGUACCUCGGCCGCCAAAGGCACCAGUGUUGUCUUCAGCUCAGAGGGUCGUGGACGGUUGUGAGAAGUCCAACAGCAGGAGAGCAGAUACUCCCAUCAAGCUGCCACAAUUCACCCGAGGUGCAACAACUCUAGGAAAUGUUUCUAGCCCCCAGAGUUCUGAAUCCAAAUGGGCUCAUGAGGGCGCUUCAGUGACAGGUACACUGAGGUUUGCAUCUCUGGGAAAAAUGUCAAAUGGCCAGAAAAGCAGCGUGAUCUCCAGGUCUGGGUUUGAAAACCUCUCUGCUCCCAUUCCGCCUGUCAGACAGUCCAGCCAGGAACAAAAGACGAGGCCUGUGCCGUCUCCAAGUGCCUUAAAAACAAGCGGCGACAUUGGAAAGUCUUCAUUCCCUAAAACAUCCACUUCAGAGGAACAAUCUGGUAUCAGGCUUCGGGCAGAAUCAUUCAGCCACAGGACAUCCAGUCUGAAAACCGAACAUGGCUCAGCCAGGGCAUCUUCAAGUCUAAAGACACGAGGAGCCAGAGCAGAUUCUUACAGGUACUAUGGGAGUCUGAUGUCUCUGGAGAGAUGUGACAGUCAGACUUUAGCUGGGUACAGGACUGAGAUGUCCAGGGAGAACAGUGGUGCCGCUUUAGGAGGUAACAGCAGAUCCAACAGAUCAGUGCCAAGGCUCGGAGUUCCAGCCUCCACAUCUGCUUCGUCACAAGUUUCUCCUGGUGUCUUUGCAACGACAAGCAAGGUCCGAGGUGGCAGCAGCUCACGAGCAGCAGUUUCUUGUGGAUUGAAGGUUCGGACACUGUCUUCCAGCAGUUCUAAGAGCCCGGGUUCUUCCCCAAAACCCCCUGAUAAUUCAGCUGGACGGACUGCCAGCCUGCCUCCAACUGCUAAGUCCCCUGUACGCUCUGGUACAGGAGUCAAGACAGGACGAGGCACCAUCAUGGGCAUGAAGCAGGCCAUCAACAGGGCAGCUAACAGCCGCGUUAGCGAGCUAGCAGCUGGGAGCCCAAAGAAACAGCUCAGCAGGGGCCCUGGACUGGCAGGAAAUGAUGGUAGUGACAGUGGGACCAGUAGUGUGAGUGGGGCACCAGUCACCACACCACUGCCGUCCCCUUAUAGCAAGAUCACCGCACCUCGCAGGCCUCACCGCAGCGGGCACGGCAGCGACAACAGCAGCAUCCUCAGCGGGGAGCUGCCCCCUGCCAUGGGCCGCACAGCCCUGUUUUACCACAGCGGGGGGAGCAGCGGCUAUGAGAGCAUGAUCCGAGACAGCGAGACCACGGGAAGCACCUCUUCAGCACACGACUCCAUGAGUGAGAGCGGAGUGUCCUCGUCCAAUAGGAGCAGAGUUUCUAAAUCCCCCAAGAAGAGAGGAAAUGGGUUCCUGCGGCGGCGGCUGAUCCCAGCUCCCCUCCCCGACCCCUCCUGUCUGGGCAGGAAGGUGGGGGCUCAGUGGGUGGACGUGCCCCCUCUGGGUGGCACCCUGAAGGAGCCCUUUGAGAUCAAGGUGUACGAGAUCGAUGACGUGGAGCAGCUGCAGAGGAGGAGGGAGGUCGCGACAGCUUCAGAGCAGCCGUUCCAUGAUGUAGAAAAGGGUCUGCUCUACUUCAACGCCCGGCUGAGGAUGCUGGAGAAGCGGCAGCAGCUGAUCAGAGAGCUGAAGAGCAAACACGAGAGGCUGAAGGUGGAGCUGGAGGAGGCCAAGAGCCGGCUGAUGCUGCAUCCGCAUAAGUGGAGCGAAGAGUUCGACGUGGACCAGGACCUGGACCGGGAGUCCCAGGAGUACCUGGAGGCUCUGGCUCAGGCCACAGCAGAUCUGGAGUACUGCGUCAACCUCUGCAAGUCCCACGUCAUGAUGGAGACUUGCUUUGACAUCAUAGUGGUGACGACCAAUGUUGCACCGCAGUCAGCCCCUGUGGCCACUUGUGGUACUGCAACUCCACAACCUUAGCACAGGUGGAGGGGGCAUCUUCACCGUGCUCCUCAGUUUAACUCAUGGUUCUGGUCGCCAUUUUCCCCUGGUGACAUGAAGGAUGUGGUGUAUAAUAGACGUGGACACGCAGCAGGACACAGACCUCCUCAGGGGGACGCCACAGAGAAAGGCACUGAGAGGUGAACUGGAGUCAGACCUGUCCUCAGAGUCCUGAGUGAGAUGCAAACACAGACAUGAAGACUUGCACAUCUGACGAUGGUGGUGGAGAUGCACUGACCACGUUGCGACAGAACGACAGCACCAGCAUGGAGCUGACAUCACAGCAUCUGAUGUGCUUACACAGGGCGUUGUUCAACUUUCUGUCCUCACUGGCUCUCAAACAGGCCGAUGUGUUUCCAUCUGUCAGGUUAGCAAAGACAGGUGUGACUGUCAAACACUCUGAACAGGAUGCAGGGAAACCUGACGACUGAUGAAGGCAGGAUUUACUGUCCUGAAGAUGAAGCUCAUCUGUCAACACAGUGGAGAAAACAAACAGCUGCUUCUUUCAUUGGUAGAAAAAAAAAACACAUGAAAGAAAUGACAGUAAACUUUAUUUCUCUAGCACAUUGUGCGUCGCUGUGCAGCAGAGUAAAAACAAUCAUUUAUAAAAACUAGAACGAACAAACGUCUUGUCACAGCGGAGGCCAAACUGCUGGUUCUGGAUCAGAUGAAUGAAGACAGAGGCUGUGGAAGUGCCUUUCUGUUAAUUAUUUAAUUUAAUGCAUUGAUUUCUAAGUAUUGUUUCCUUAUUUAUUUAUCCUGUUGGUUUUAAUGGUGCUGAUCUUAAAAGUAAACUUUUAAUAUAUUUGUUAUGCAACAAGAUGAUGUGGUUUUGGAGUAGAUCAU